AUGCGCCAUGCCGCCCCGUCCUCGACCUUGUUAUACCACACCUCCAGGUCCUUGGCGCUCUCUUUCUCCAUUUACCCCCUUCCGUUUCGUCUCCCUUGUUCAAGGCAACGAGGUCCUCUCCUGGAUAGACGAGACACGCAGUCGCUCUCCUGCCCGUCCCGAUACCCCACGCCCCCCGCCAUCGCUCCUAACAGCAUGCGCUUGGGGAGGCGGUUGUCCUCCAUGCGCAUAACAAAGCCCGCGAAGCACAGUCUCCGUUUGGGCACGGUGGCCUCUAUGGUCUCCUCGCAGUCUGCCUGGAUCGGGGGCUGGGCAUAGGACAGGGGGCGGUCUGAGCGUUUCCGCUUGCUCCAGCCGAUGCACCGUGUGAGGAACUGGCGACUACAUGGACAUAUCGAUCGGCGGUCCCUCGGGUUCAAGCCAUACAUGUCGCAGAGAUGAGGACGCUGAAGGCAAGUACGGCAGCUGGAUGGGCAGCAGGAGAGGGUUUAGGUGACCGUCGGGGGACGGCCUGAAGGAGAGGUUGCUCAGAGGAAUGGGCUCCAUCACGCCGUCUGCGAAACGCCUCAGUACCUGUUGGAGGGAGGCGUGUU